AUGGAAUCUGUAUUUGGACUGGUGGGCAAAGAUUUUGCAAUUGUUGCGGCGGACUCAUCGGCCGUGCAUAGCAUCCUCGUACACAAGACCAAUGAGGACAAGGUCAUGAUACUUGAUUCGCAUAAACUCAUGGGGGCUUCCGGCGAAACUGGUGACCGGGCUCAGUUUACAGAGUACAUACAGAAGAAUGUGGCUCUGUACCAAUUUCGAAAUGGCAUCCCUUUGACGACUGCAGCUGCUGCAAAUUUUACCAGAGGCGAGCUUGCCACAGCCUUGAGAAAGAAUCCAUAUAUGGUGAAUAUCAUCAUGGCUGGCUACGACAAGGACAUAGGCCCAUGCCUCUACUUUAUUGAUUAUAUUGCUUCUCUUCACAAGCUUGAUAAAGCAGCAUUUGGUUAUGGAUCGUAUUUUGCACUCUCCAUGAUGGAUAGGCAUUACCGCAAAGACAUGAUAGUCGAAGAAGCCAUUGAUUUAGUUGACAAGAUCAUAAUGGAAAUACGAAGUAGGCUGGUUGUGGCCCCACCAAACUUUGUAAUAAAAAUUGUUGACAAAGACGGGGCAAGGGAAUAUGCUUGGCGUGAAUCUAUCAAGGAUGCCUCUGUUCCAGCAGUUUGA